AUCUCCCUAUCGUGUCAUCUCACAUCUGUCAUUUCUCGGGUCAUAUCCAACCCACUCGGUCACCCAUGCACCGGGACGACGCGACAGGCCUGUGGCUCCACCGCCUUUGACAGCAACGACUGGCAAUCCCGUGCCGGCCCUGCUCGACGCAAGCACCUCCAACGCCGGGCUGCGUCUUAGUGACUCUGGGACCGCCAGCCAGGUACCUCGCUCGACUCAGGCUCAGUCAGUGUUGGUCGGAUGCAUGAAUGAAUGCGGAAAACAAACGAAAGUCUCUCUCCCUGGCCCUGCUCCCAUACAUCUGUAGGCCUGGGUUUUGGUUUUAUCCGAAGACUUAGACACGAGACGCAAGUUCCUUCGCGGAGCCAGACGGACUCCGUCAGAGAGAAGCGGGACUCGAGCUCGCGGCCCAAAGGCGCGGCCCCGCCCCGACGCCCUUUCGCUGUCCCCACUUCGGCGCGCGCCGCUGACGUCACAGCCUCGUCUCUCCCCUUCCCUAGCCACACCCCCUUGCCUGGCGACCCGGAAGUUGUACUUGCAACUGCGGCUUUGCUUCUCCCACAAUACUUCGCGCUCUUCCUUUCCAGCUUGGACCCGGCAGAAUGGCUCCCGCAAAGAAGGGUGGCGAGAAGAAAAAGGGCCGUUCUGCCAUCAACGGGGUGACCCGAGAAUACACCAUCAACAUUCACAAGCGCAUCCAUGGAGUGGGCUUCAAGAAGCGUGCCCCUCGGGCACUCAAAGAGAUUCGGAAAUUUGCCAUGAAGGAGAUGGGAACUCCAGAUGUGCGCAUUGAUACCAGGCUCAACAAAGCUGUCUGGGCCAAAGGAAUAAGGAAUGUCCCAUACCGAAUCCGUGUGCGGCUGUCCAGAAAACGUAAUGAGGAUGAAGAUUCACCGAAUAAGCUCUAUACUUUGGUUACCUACGUACCUGUUACCACUUUCAAAAAUCUACAGACAGUCAAUGUGGAUGAGAACUAAUCGCUGAUCAUCAAAUACAUCAAAUAAAGUUAUAAAAUUGACUU